AUGCAAGAAAGGCCGAGGAAUGACGCUGAAAUAAUGGCUAUGGCUAGUAACAGUGAAGCAGGCAAAAGACCAUUUAAAUGUGACGGGUGUGAUCGGCGAUUCGAUCGUGAGUACAAUCUGACACGUCAUAAAAUGACACAUACCGGUGCAAGACCACAUCAGUGCAACAUAUGCG